GGUCCCGGUUGCACCGGGAGAGGGAAGAGACGGGAGGUGACGGUCCUGGAUGUCCCAAAAUUCGGGAUUUCCAGCCCUUCUGGGACCCAAAAAACCGGGAUUUGCAGCCCGAUUGUCCCGAGAUUUGGGGUCUCGAUCCCAAAUUUUCCUCUUUUUCCCCCCCCAGAGCCGCCACCAGCGGCGGGAACGCGCCGUGGCGCGGGAGCGCGCGGAGCGGGAGUUCGGGAAUGUCCCGCAUUCCUUCGUGUUCCCGCGGGGCAGAGUCGGGAAGAGCCUCCGGGGGCUCGGGCAGGACCUCAGGAGGGUCAUGGAGCCCUACACGGCCCGAGCGCUGCAGGUCCGUAAGAGCAAUUCCCUUCGGGAUCUGGUGGCCGUGGCCGGACCUUUGGGGGUUUCCCAUUUCCUGGUGCUCAGCAAGACCUCGACCAGCAUCAACCUCAAGCUUUUCCGGCUCCCGGGGGGUCCCACCCUGACCUUCAAAGUGCUGCAGUAUUCCCUGAUCCGGGACGUGGUCUCAGCUCUCCGGAGGCACCGGAUGCACGAGCAGCAGUUCUCCCACCCCCCUCUCCUGGUGCUCAGCAACUUCGGGCUCCCCCAGAUCCACGUCAAGCUCAUGGCCGGGAUGUUCCAGGGGAUGUUCCCGGCCCUCAACGUCCACAGGGUCAAUCUCAACUCCAUCCGUCGCUGUUUGCUCCUCACCUUCGACUCGGAGUCGCAGCUCCUGGAAUUCCGGCACUACAGUGUGAAGGUUGUUCCCGUGGGGGUCAGUCGGGGGCUCCGGAAGCUUCUCCAGGAGAAAUUCCCCAACCUCAGUCGGCUCCAGGACGUCAGCGACCUGCUCCUGGGGGAGGUGGCCCUGUCGGAGAGCGAGGCCGAGCAGGACGGGACCCACAACGUGCUGGAGCUGCCCCAGGACUGCGCCGGGAGGGGAAACCAGGGGGGACAGCAGAGCGCUGUGAGACUCACUGAGAUCGGGCCCCGCCUGACACUGCAGUUGGUGAAGGUGGAGGAGGGGCUGGGCCAGGGCAGCGUCCUGUACCACGGCCUGGUGCACAGGUCGGAGCAGGAGCUGCAGGAGCUGCAGCGGCGCCGGGAGCAGAAGCUGCAGCUCAAGGCCCAGCGGAGGCAGAAGCAGGAGCAGGACCUGGAGAGGAAACGGCACCUGAGGCACCUCAACAGGGAGCGCAGCCUGGCCGGGAUGCGACGCCGGCAGGGCCAGGCCGGGCCAGGUGAGGGUUCCAGGCCAGGUGAUGGUGCCAGGACAGGUGACAAGGAGGGUGACAGCGACGUGGAGGACCCCGGCGCACCUGAGCCAGGUGUGGCCACGCCCUCAGAGGACGAGGACGACGCCGAGUAUUACAGACAGGAGCUGGGGGAGGAGCCAGACACAGAUUUGUUCCCCACCAAGAGGAAACGAAGCCCCUCGGGCGCUUCCCGACCCCAGAAACGACGGAGGCAGAGCCGGGAGACCCCGAAAUCCCACCCAAACACCCCCAAAUCUCACCCAAACACCCCCAAAACCCACAGAAACAACCCCAAAUUCCACCCAAACAGCCCCAAAUCCCACAGAAACAACCCCAAAUCCCACCUGGGAACCCCCAAAUCCCACAGAAACAACCCCAAAUCCCACCUAGGAACCCAAAAAUCCCACCCAGGACCUCCCAAAUCCCACCCAAAAAAACCCAAAUCCCACAAAAACACCCCUAAAUCCCACCCAGGGACCCCAAAAUCCCACCCAGGAAACCCCAAAUCCCGCCCAGGGACCCCAAAAUCCCACCCAGGACCCCCCAAAUCCCCCAAAAACACCCCAAAAUCCCACCCCAGGCCGAAGGUUCGGGGGCAGCUCCUGGGGAGGAGGAAAACUGGGAUUUUCCAACGUCCUGGAAGGGCCAGGAAGGGGAAAAAAUAAAAGGGGAAGGGAAUUUGGGGUCCUGGAUUUGGGACCUCCUGGAUUUAAAGGGGAUUUUCCUGGAAUUUGGGGGUCCUGGGGAUUUGGGGGGUUUCUCCCUGGAUUUGGGGGUUCAGGGCCCUUCCCAAAUAAAGGAUGGAAAAGCCCCCUCAGGUGUC